GACUGGCAGUUGCACAAGGAGCCCAGUAUGAAGUUUCAUGUCAUAACAUUGCUCGGAUUUAGGUUUCUGUUGUCGACCACGAUGCAAAGGCUGGACUCCAACUUUGAGGAACAGAUGAUCGCGAAGGCUAUUGAAGACGAGGCUAACUGGGACAAGCUUCCAAAGCGGCUCAAGCUCUAUCUUCAAUCUAGCGAAGAAUGGCACAAAAAGAUAAAAGACUACUGCAUCAAAAAUCGUUUGAGGUGGAGCGAGUCUCUUGCCAAAAACACUUGCAAGGAAAGUGAUUAUUACGACGAGCUGAUGCGCUAUCUUCGUCGAAAUUCUGCGCUCUUUCCAUAUCAUUUAUCCGAUUACGUCUGCCGUAUUCUUCGAGUUUCUCCGUUCCAACACUACUGUGAUAUGCUCUAUGAAGCUUUGAAAGAUGAAAGGCCUUACGAUUCUAUUCCGAACUUCAGUGCUGCUGAUGCGUUGCGGGUGACUGGAAUUGGACGCAACGAGUACAUAGAUGUUCUGAAUAAAUGCAGAGCAAAGAAAAUUAUGUGGAGAAUUAAUAAGUCUUUUGCUAAAGAUUUACUGCCUUCUGAGCCGGCCGACAUUUGUAUUGAAGCUUGGUGGAUUAUCAACGUUGUGAACCUCUCGCAAGAUGAGAUAAGGAAACUCUCAGAAGAGGAGAGCAUUCUGGUAGAGAAAGUGUGCGAGGAUGAUGUUGCUCGGUUUGGAGAGCAUGAUCCUUUCAUUGUACGUGGUCUCUAUCGUAGAGGUUUGGUGUAUUUUGACGUGCCGGUAUCUCCUGACGAUCACUUCCAAGUCUUAACUUUGGAGGGAUUUGUUUCAAACCAGAACCAAAAUUACGAGGAUCCCACUGAAGAACUUCUCUACGCAGUUUUCAUCACUUCAAGCGAGCAUGCUACUAUUGCUGAGCUCGCUUCAACAUUACAGGCUGACUUUUCCAAGCUGGAAGCAGCCGUGUCUUUAGCCGCUCGUCUUGGCUGGGCAAAGAAAAGAGUUGAUCCCGCAGCUCUUCUAAGUGAUCCCAACGAGCCAGGGUCUCCAUCUUCUGAUUUUGGAGACGACGAUCCUACAGUUGCUUUAAGCCCUGUUCAUCGUCCUUCUGAGAACCAGGGAGAACCGAGUACCAGCGACGCUCCCACGGAACUCCCUGGAGUUGUACGUUUCGCAUUCUUGGUGGAUGCCGACCUGACCUCUUACCUCAUGAUGGGAUCUCUCUCGCCUGGGCUGAAAGGUCAUGCAGUAACACUUUACGAAGCUGGAAAGUUAGGAGACUCACACGUCAUCGAAAUGUGUGAAGAUUUACGUAAAGUUGAAGGGACCGAGUGUGAAGGCGAACUUCAGCAUUUCGCAGACCAUGCCUUUAGCUUGCGGCAUGCACUGGAGUGCCUCCGUUCUGGCGGCUCGGGCAUCCUGGACGAUGUCUCGUUUAACAAGGAGAAUUUUGACAACACGAAGAAGGUCCGAGUCGACGUUGUUCGCUGUGAGAGCUUGUCCGGGUUGGCAGCGGCAACCAUCCAACGAGUCUUCCACCGGGACUACGACGUCAUCGUCUCAAUGAUACCGCUACCAUCGCGUCCUGCCGUUAUCUCAUCAGAGGGAGGCGGACCCGUUCACUUUGGACCUCCUUCACGAGCUGCGACGACACCCUGGAUGAAGUUACUCCUGUACAGCGUUGCGGGAGCCGGGCCUGUCUCGGUGGCUUUGAUACGGGGGCAGCGACUUCGAAUGCUUCCAGAGUCUCUCUCGCGGUGUUACAAGGCGCUGGUGUGGACUUGGGGGGAUGGGACUGCUGCUGGAGGACCAGGUGGUAAAUUCGAGGGGACUCUGGUAGAAGGCGGAGUUCUCCUUCACGUAGUGAACACUCUCCUCAAACACUCGGCAGUGGUCGUCCAACCUUACUCGAAGGAGUCCUUCCAGGGUGGUGAAAAGGCCGAACUUGUCACAAAGGACAUCGCUCUGCCACUCUACAAACCGGACUCUGCCGAAGCUCAUGGACAAGCUCUAAGCCAAGCGGUGAAGGAACUCCACCUCAACACCAUGGGAUUCGUUCGUCUGGUUAGUGUAGUUUCUGAGACCACCACCAGCGGCAGUGGAGCACCGGUCUGGCAGUGGGUUCCUCAGAGCAUCGAGUUUGGCCUUCCGCUAUUCAACACCGCGCUGUGCAAGCUCGUCUGCGAGGGGGUCGUCAAGUGCGGGCUCUUCGACUCUGAUGCUCUUGCUCGGCACGACAGGGAAAUGUGGCAGCUCCAUUCCAAGCUCCAGGACUUUAUAAGCGACUACCAAGCCGAUGGCCCAGUGUCGAGGUUGGCUUACUCCGCGGUCCAGGAAACGCCCAGUUUAAGCGAGAUGGUUUUGAGUCCCGGGAGCAGUACCGCGCGUUCCAUUUCCACGCCGCUGAUGAGAAGGCUUCAGUCGGAGAAAGGAAGCAUCGAUGAGAACACUAUGAGGAUGUAUACGCUAUCGGCUGGAGAGGACCAAUUCUCGCCAUCUCCAAAGGGAGCAGUGACGAUGUUUGUGGAGCAAGACGAAGACGAGAUAGUUCCACUCCCUGGUGUCAAUCUCGUGUUUAAUGGCUCGUGGCUUGCGGCCUUGGAUAUCAGUCACUGUUUGCAAGGCAAGCUUCCGGCAAGUUUACUCGUGAGCACUGGCUAGUCUCUGAUAGAACCAAAGAUCUUUUCUCCUUUAGAGUGACUAUGGUGAUCGCAUUUAUACAACCAAUACUACAUUUCAAAAGAAAA